CCAAAACAGGGGUUUUUUUUCUUUUCAAAAUACUGUCCUAGGCUUGUACAUCACGUUCGCCUGACUCGCCUCAACUCAAACUACAGCUCGCUAUAAUCCACACAUGGAGUACUAAUUUAGAAAGUUACCAAUUAGGGUUUUAUCGACCCCACAAUCUCGACGGUAUUCGGAGCCCCGACACUGUGGUUAUCAACCACAAAUGGCGGAAUUAAUAUGCCGAAGCCUUAGAGAUGGAGCAUUAGAGGGAGAGCACGCCCCUGCUCUCACUCUGAACGACUCCAUUGAAUCACCUCUCGGACCACUAGUUUUCAAUCACAUUCUCUCCCAGCUUUUUUCUAGCAUUUCCGCCGGUAAAUCGCAGUCUCGAGGAAUUUUAUUGGUCGCUUUUUAUCGGCCCCCGUCAUUCUAUGCUGAAUUGCUCAAAUGUAGAUGCAGUGACGGCGAUUCUUCAAAUAAAUGGUUUAGCAUUUUGGAUUGCUACACUGAUCCUUUGGGUUGGAAAUGUAGACUCAAGGAGCUUGGGACUGUUACUAAUAGUACCCCUGUAGAGACUUAUGUUAAGAAUACUCUAUUCACCCAUGUUAAGGACUCGAAUAAGCUAUUGACCUCAUUAGUUGAACUUGGAAAAGAAAUGGUUGGAGAAGGAAAAGGAAGAUUCACAGUUGCUAUAGAUUCGGUAAGUGAGAUGUUGAGACACUCAUCCAUCCAUUCUGUUGCUAGAAUUUUAAGCCACCUUCGCUGUCAUGACCAGGUUUCAAGUAUGUUUUCAUUAUUGAAUUCGGACCUUCAUGAGACCAAAGUCACUUCUACACUUGAAUAUAUGUCUACCAUACGUGCUGAUAUAGUACCAGUGACGUCUCAGACAGUAAGUGGUCGAAGGGCUACUACCACAGAGAACCUACCAAUGAUGGAACAAAACUUUAAAAGAGGGAAGUUUCAAGUACGCUUCAAGCGUAGGAAUGGGCGUGUUAGAGUCAUGUGUGAAGACAUUCACGUUGUGGAUUCUGGUGUUAAAUUCAGCCUUUGUAAUUUGGAAGAUGGCGGUCUAACUGCUCAAAGCCUUGUGCCCAAGGUGCAAUUUAAUCUCCAGCUAUCAGAAAAGGAACGCCUCGAUCGUGAGAAGGUUGUGCUCCCAUUUGAACACCAGGGGAAUGGUAAGCCCAUUGAAAUCUAUGAUGGCCGAAAAUUCCUUAAUGGCACGGAGAAAAACAUGGAUAUUUCUGAUAAGAUGCUUCAAACACCUGAGGAUUCUGGCAGGGGUGAAAUAAUCUAUUUUCGAGAUUCAGAUGAUGAAAUGCCAGAUUCUGAUGAAGAUCCAGAUGAUGAUUUGGACAUAUGAUUUUCUUGUCGGUGUGCUCCUUUUUGCAUUUUGAGUGAUGGCCGAGCCGACCAUUGUACCAAUGGCCAAUAUCAUAGUGGUCGAUACUGUUUCAGACUGUCCCAUGUGUAUACUUUCUCCUGUUUCAAUUUCUUUAUUAUUUUAUUGUCGACACUCGACAUGGUCAAUGUAAUAUUUUUAUUUUCUGAUUUUGUGUAUCUCAAUUUCAUCAUAUUUGAAUUCUUGAGUUUUUUUUGUCAAGUUUGUUUUUUCGGUUUUAUAA